AUGGUUUCCCCAGCAUCAGUGAUCAGGAAGUCUCAAGUUGCUGAGGCGGCUGCCGGCCAUGUCAGUCUGUGCAGCGACAAGGGGAAAGAUACAGGUCGAGCAUCUCAAGACUGGAGCUGUGAGAAAGAGAGAAAGAUCAAGUUCAAGCUCGAUAUUGUCUUGCUUGGAAACCUCAUGCUUGGUUUUUUCGCCCUGCAACUGGACAAAACCAAUCCCAGGAGCGCCAUGACCACCACCUUCAUCAAAGAUAUCGGCAUUACUAACGAUAUAAUCAAUAAUGGAAAUCAGCUCCUCCUCGCUGCUAUCGUUAUCUGUGAGAUCCCCUCCAACAUGAUGCUUUCUAAACUCGGUGCCCCAGUAUGGAUGACCCUUGAGUGCUUUUCGUGGGGCAUGGUGGCAACGUUCCAAGCCUUCAUGAACAACAAACCGUCCUAUUAUGCCACCCGCUUCCUCCUGGGACUUUUUGAGGCUGGGUGUCUGGCCGUAUCUCUUGUUGUUAUUGGUAUGUUUUAUACCAAGAAGGAAAUGGCUCUACGGAUGACUGUCUUGUACACGGCGAAUUACCUUGCUGCUGGAACGAGCUCGCUGAUUGCCGCUGGGACUUUUAACCUAGAUGGCGCUGCUGGACUUAAAGACUGCCAGUGGCUGUUUCUGAUCGACGGCAUUUUUACCGUUCUCGUUGCAUUUUCCUUCCUCUUCUUCCUACCCAGGUCCCCUUCUUGGACACGCCCGAUCAUCAACAUCUCUGCUCUCGAUAUACUCUCGGACCGUGACUGUGAAAUCAUGUCGCGUUGCAUUAUCCUCGAAGAUCGUGCCCGAGGCGUGGAGCUCAGUUCCGUUACUAUAAUGGAAGCUGUCCGAUACUAUUUUGGGUUUGACAAGUUCAAAGCAAACCUCCUUGCAUCCGUUUGUAACUUCGCUCUCGUCGCUCUAGCUGUUAUUGCAGCUUGGGUCUCUGAUAGAGCCAAGCUCCGGGGUCCAAUCUCUUUCGUCUGCACCUGUUACGCUCUAUUGCUUGCAGGCGCCCAGUACGCCCUUGUUACUAACACCGACAAAUGGGCAAAACGUGCAGUCUUCGUGCUCCUCAUGGCGGGCAACGCAAUGUUCCAGGGCAUAAACAGUGCCUGGGUGGUAUCCAACGUCCGAGACACCAAGGCUUUUUGUAUUGGCCAGGCACUUGUUAUAAUGGGUGAGAACCUUGGAGGCUUGGCAGCACAGUAG